UUGCAGUUAGAGGAGGAUAUCUCGCGAUGAUUGACAAGCGAAAUUUCUCCCGUGAAAUCUGUCACUUGUAGAUGUAUCUUCUUCCCCUAGGACCAGAUGGAUAGCGGGUGGUUUGGUUGAUGUCGAGCACUAUCGUAGGACUUAGUCCGCAUACAAGUUCCCCAGAGCUCCGUUAUACAGAGAUGUAUUCUUUGCGGGACCCGUUACUUGCACAAUUAUAGUUCGCGUCCAUUCGUUUCUUACUACACUGAAAACAUUCAUCCCUCGAUUUUGUCACAAACGACUCAGUUAGCUUAUAAAGUAACAACUCACUCUGUGGCAACACAUUGAAGGCAGACCAACGUUCAUGCAGUACGUCUUACUAAGAGAAAGUGCGCAGGACACCAGCCCGGGGACACAGCCCCGAUACAAUUAAUGACCAAGAUGUUGUUGCUAAGACGAUGAUGAGCAACCAGAAGAUCUUUUGGAUCUAGGAAUUACUCAUCGAACUUCUACAAGCCAUCAAGGGAUCCCAGUCGCUGUCUUUGGUGAACUUGAGCGUGGCUUUAGAUGUAUCAACGGCUGAAAUAAGAUCAAGACGUCCGAUGCUGAUUUGAAAUCUCUAUUCCAUUGUCAUCGAAAUGUGAAUUAAAAGACUGGUGAAUUCAAGUACUUUACCCUACAGCCCUGUAGGCUACCACACCAAAAGUCUAAAUUUUCAGACAGGCCUUUAUUACACAUGAGUGUUCCUAAGUUGUGAAACUAUUUUCUAGGAGACACUUCUUGCUGCUUUUGUGCCGAUACCAUAUUAAAACAAAAAGCAAAAACAACUCAAAAACGUAUUUUUUAAACUGCAGUCUGAAAACGUCGGCAGGGAGAAAGAGUUUAGAAACAUUCUUACACCAAAGCGCCGUUUCCAGUCAAGACUGCUCAAGCAAUCUGCUAAUACUGGGUACCAAAUUGCCCAAUUCUGACACAGCUUACAGAGGAAAUAUUUAGCUAAUUGCAACUACCUGGAAACACGUUUCUCACACAAACUUUUACCCAUAUUUUGGUGCAUCCUAAGAGUUUCCACUGUAAGUAAACUGUGAACUUCAGUGAUACACCCCCCCCCCCUUUGUUCCCCUCAUCUUACCCUUCAAAUAAUCUUUGACAUUCUGUUUUAAUUUGUAUUCUUCCGGUAACGUUCGACUUGCUCUCAUUCUGAGUGACAACGUCGUUUUAACGCUAGUGAACCGAAACGUGCAAGUAUUGUUCUUGCCAUCUGCCAUCUACAAGACAUUCUUCCGACGAACAGGUAUCUCAAAAUCAGUGAAAUAAUUGCCAUCUAACAGCCAAUCAAGCUGUCUCUGUACCCGCCUAGCACCAUGAAUGGUGUUCCGGCCUUGUACCCGCUCACGGAGAAGGGUGCGCGCAAGCCAAAGUGUGCUCGCUGUCGCAACCAUGGGAUGGUCUCGUGGCUCAAGGGCCAUAAGCGCCACUGCCAGUACAAAGACUGCACAUGCCCCAAGUGUAACCUGAUCGCAGAGAGGCAGAGGGUGAUGGCGGCUCAGGUCGCCCUAAAAAGACAGCAGGCAGCAGAGGACGCCAUUGCUCUGGGGAUCCGCGCAUGCGUGUCGGAGACCGGCAUCCCCGUGAUGACGCAGGGACCUCUGUGGGGGCCUGGGACCGUGACCGCCCCUCUGUCCCAGAGUGAGCUACGGGACGAACCGGACACGCAAGGAGCGGCCAGCGACAGCUGUGACUCUCAGACGGAGCUGGAGGUAGACAGCUGUAGCGAUGCCGGCAGGGAAUCUCCGACCACUAGUUCUCCCCUUGCGGCCGACAGCUCCGACCCCCUCCCAGUCUCUGACAGCCACGCCAAAGAGCAGCCAGUCAGGCAACAAGAGACGGUCACAUCAGCCCAAAAGUCCCCGGUCCAAAAUUCCCACCAUCACCACCACCACCACCACCACAACAACAAUAACAGCCAUCAGUCCGAACAGUUGAGAAAGGAGAGGUCCGAAUCUACCAAUCAGAAGCAUCAGCAGCCUACAGGCUACCGGCCUGGUCGUUUGUCACCGCUAGAGAUUUUAGAGCGAGUCUUUCCUCUGCAGCGUAAAUCUGUAUUGGAGCUGGUUCUACAAGGAUGCAACGGAGAUUUAGUCAAGGCCAUCGAGCACUUCCUAUCUGCGCAAGAUACUGUCGCCGCUCAGCAGCAAGCCGUUAUUCAUAACAGUAGCCACAGACCCGAAGGACGACCGCCUAACCCUUUUCUCAACGGUUUCUCUGGCGGUCAUGUCAACUUCGGCUCCCCGGUCUCGGCGACGAGCAGCGGCAGCGGCAACAACACACCCAUCAAUGCCAGCAGUGGUUCUUCCAGCAGACAAAAUGGUGUCAGACCGCCGCCUCACCCGCCUCUGGUUCCACCAGCCGCUCAUGCCGGCGUGGUAGCUUCGAAUAAACUUACCUAUGGAUCCAUCAAAUCGGCUUUCACGCCUCUUCCCACUGGACACGCCCAUGGUCUUCAUUCUGCGUUCACUAAUCACCUCCCACACUUCCACUCAACCGCUGCAGCAGAAGCAGCGCUCCGAAAUCCCUUCCUUGCCCAAGGACAUGGUCACACUGAUCUUUUACCGCCUCCCCCGCACUUCGCCGCUUACGCCGGUCUGGGAAUGGGUUUGGGAAUGGGCGGUUUGUCGGCAUCUUCCUACCCGGGGGUCCUAGCCUCCCCCUUUUCCUUCCACCCGUACAGACUGAACUUCAGGGGCGGCACCUCCCCAACCCGUGCUCGCACCCCAGACAAAAACAGUGACAAAUCCGCCCUGACGGACUCCGACCACAUCUCUGACUCGUGGGACGAGAGCAGCUCUCCACGGGACUCCAAGGCUGUUGAGUAACUUUUGGCUUGCUGUUCAAGUGUAAACUUUGACGAGGACACCAAAUAUGAAUGGUUUUGGCGUGUAUGGUUCUGCCCUCUUAGUUCCGUUUCGCAGAAGACAGACAUGAAACAAGGGUUCGCAUCUUUAAGAUAACCCUACUGUGUUAAAAGGGUGGGAAACCCAAACCAUACCGUAUCAUACCAGAGAAAAAUUGAGCAGCUAAUGGGGUGUUUUGUUCCCUGAGAUCUCAAUUAUACUGCCAAGUAGUCCCAAAAGCAGCCACCGCACUAAACUCCCCGUCCAUCACUACACGUUUUAGACAGAUAAACAUAAUUCAAGAGAUAAACUGGCACAUAAACAAUGAACAUUACGAUGUUUAUGAGUGUCAGUUCAUCAGCUUAAGUAUACUUUAGACGUCAAUAAAUGAGGUACCUCGUUAAAUUUGAUGUCGCUCUGUACUGCUCUACUAUACAUUUGGCGUCAGAUAAAACUAUAACUUUACUGAAGUCUUCCAGAUUUGAUUUCACUGUCAUGCAUGGGAAUAAUGAAGAAACCUCGAACGAUGGGAGUAUCGGCUUCUUACAAUAACACAGCGUGCUGAAAGAUGAACAUAGCUUUUUAACAUUAAACAAGUCGAACUUUAGAGCUACCAUCCGUGUAUCCACAUGAAAACACACUUAAUUGAAAUGACAUUGAAAUGCAGGAGAACACACACACAAAAUUAAAAAAAAUAAAACCUGACUUGCAACUGUUUAGAGCCUAAAAAAUUAUCCCUGACGUUACAAAAACAACUGAACGAAUAGCCAAGUACGUGUAGAAGAAAUUCCUGCAGUCUUUCAAACUGGGGAGCAGGCGUCGUGUAUUUUACGUUCUUUGUCCUGUUUUCACUUGAAAUACUAAGAACUGCAAGUACGGCGCAUCGUGUCUAGCACAGCCGCCAGAUGCCAAAAAAAUAAAUACUUUUUGAAUGCCGACCAUUCUUCAGAUACUAAAACCGUUUUGCGUGGAACUACUUGACGUGCUCUGACCACAAGCAUGUCAGUGUUAGAUCUUGUUUGGACAAGAACCUGCAUAAUCUUUGCUGAAAAGCUCGGAGCUAUUACCUCACAUUAACUGCCCUUUACAAUAGUAUUAUCGAUGUAGAAAUCUCAACUUUUAUUUGAUCUGCCGUUUUUAUUGCCAGCUUUUAUCAUACCAAUAUUACAACUGUUAUUGGGCUUUUUCUUGUCUGUUUGUUAUCAUAUUCUUUUUCUUGUCUGUUUGUUACCAUAUUCUUAGACGGGGUCGGGUGGGUGGGGGGUUGCAGGGGAUUAGUUUUAUUUUUGUUUCAUUAUACACAGUUUAAUGUAUGACAUUUUAGUGCAUAAAUUUAUGUAUAUUCUUUACUUGUUCUACCCUACUAGCGUAUAUAAAUGUUUGAAGAAUAAUAUGUAAUAUGAUUUUUAAAAUAAGUUAUUGUGGUCUGUAUUUUAACAGACAAAAAGAGAAUGAAUUACAUUUUGCUUAUUAUGAAAUACUUCACAUAAAAAUUCAACAUUUAUUAAUUUGUUUUCGUUUUACUUGUAAACAUUUAAAUCCAGAGAAGACUGUAUAAAUCCUAUAUUUAACCUAGUAUUUUUUUCUCACAAAAUUAAUAUCCUAGCAAAACGGGUUCUGAUCGUUUCUUUUACUUGUCUUUGUUGUUUCACUGCUGUUUCUUGUUGUUUUUAUUUCGGGGUGGGGAAGGGGAGGGGUGCUGUGUUUCUCCAAGCUGUAUUGCCAAUGCUAAGGAAUAAAGAAUUAUUCUUUGUGUCUGUAC